AGAAGUAUGUUGUGCAGAGAAGUCUGGGGAGCGGUAGAACCAGUUCCUCGGAGACAAAGAGCGAGCUGACACCUCAGCCAGGUGUAAACAAGACCCAUGGAUUGCUACCUGCUAAGUGGCUGUUCUUUGGCAGGGGCAAAAAUUUGACGUCUUAGCAAAGAACCAGCAUGAAGUUCCCACCCACACAGACAUCCUGGUGCCUCGCUCCCAGCGGGAAAUGCUUCUCAAAGGGGGACAGGACUAUAAAAAGGAAGGGGCAGACCCCCCAGCGACCCCUCUCUCUUUCCCUGCCCAUUGCAUUCACUGCACCUGAAGCGACAAAGGUGGCGUUUGUUGGAUCUGGAGGAAGGGUCCUGCCCUGAAGAGGUUGGUCAGUCAGGCCGCAGAAAGCACCUGGAGCCCAGCUGAAACUGGCAACGGCCCCAGGAGCCAGCCCCUGCCCGUGGAGCCCGGCUGCCAUGAGAUGCUUCCCAAAGCGCCUGCUCGCCGUUGCCCUGACGCUCCUGGCCCUGCUUCUGUUCCUUAGCACCCGCCUGCAGCGCCCGGAGGACCCACUGGUGGAGGAGGCAAAACGCUGGGCCCAGGAAAUGGUUCUGCAGCAACUCCAACCUGAUGGGAACGUGCGCAGCUCCCAGGGGCUGUGGAACACCUCUGCCUCCAGGAACGUCUCCUAUCGCUACCUCGCCGGCUCCCCUCCCUCCAGGAAGAAGUUCCUCACUGUGGGGCUGUCGUCUGUCAAGCGGAAGCGAGGAAACUACCUCCUGGACACGCUGAAGUCCAUCUUCAAACAGUCAACCCAGGAAGAGCUGGAGGAGAUGAUGGUGGUGGUGCACCUGGCUGACCCAGACUCAGAGUGGAACACCCAGGUGGCGAUGGACAUUAUCGCAAGAUUCACUCCCCACCUCCUCCGGGGCCAGCUGCUGGUUAUCCACGCCCCUCCGGAGUGCUACCCACCCCUGGAAGGCCUGAAGAGGAACUACAAUGACGCCGAGGAUCGAGUGCAGUUCAGAUCCAAGCAGAACGUGGACUAUGCUUAUCUCCUCAGCUUUGCUGCCAACCUUUCUUCCUACUACCUCAUGAUUGAGGACGACGUGGAAUGCUCCAAGUCCUUCUUCACGGCCAUCAAGAAGGCAGUGGCAUCCCAGGAAGGCUCCUACUGGGUCACGCUGGAGUUCUCCAAGCUGGGCUACAUUGGCAAACUCUACCACUCCAGUGACCUGCCCCAGCUGGCCAAGUUCCUGCUGCUGUUCUACCAGGAAAUGCCGUGUGACUGGCUCCUGGGGCACUUCCGCCUGCUGCUCACCCAGAAGGAGGUGAUUCGCUUCAAGCCAUCUCUCUUCCAGCACAUGGGCCUGUACUCCUCCUUCCAGGGGACAGUCAACCGGCUGAAAGACAACGACUUCGAGGCAGAUUCCUUGGACCUGCCUGACAACCCCCCGGCUGUGAUGUUCACGGACAUAGACACCUUUGAGGCCUACCUGCCCAGCAAGGCCUACAGCACGAUGCCGGAGUACUUCUGGGGGAAAGCCCCAGCUGCUGGCAGCCACUUCACCAUCGUGUUCCACCAGCCUGCCCGUAUCUCACGGCUCCAGGUCCACACUGGCUCCAAGGAGCGCCACAGCGACUAUCUCCGCGCGGGAGCCGUGGAGCUGGGCAGCCAGCGGCAGGGGAAUGGCAAGGGCUGUGCUCUGUACACCCGCGUCGGAGCCUUUGAGAAGGGACACUUUGAACGGAGGGGCUUGGAGAACAGCACGGCGGCCGCCCCAGAGUGCGUGCGGAUCCUCGUGACAGAGAGUCAGAGUGAAUGGCUUAUCAUCCGCAGCAUCAGCAUCUGGAUCACACCAAACAGCUAAAGAGGGGUGCAGGGACAGAGGCACUGCUGGUGACCUGCAUGGCAGGGAGCUGGCCUCCCUUCUCAGGGGCGAGCGAGUAGUUUGGGGGUGUCUGGUGCAAUGAGGGGCAAUGGAGGGUGGUGGCACUGCCUCCCCAGACAAUGACACCCUGCAGGGGGAGGCACAGUCAGGGCCGAGUGAGGAAGAAAGAUGGGGCAGUGAGGGUCAGGGCAAUGGCACGGCAGGAUCCUGGAAGCGUGGCAGGAUGGUGCAUUAGGGCAAGAAAUGGGAGCUAAUGCAGCAUAUUGAUACUCAGGGCACCCUAUGUCGUUGGGCACUAACUGCCAGGUAUUGGAGAGCCUGCCCCCCUGGCCUGGCCCCACAGAGCUCACUGACUCCUCUGAACUGCUUCCUGUGGGGGCCGUACAGUCAGAACCAGGCCCGGGUAGGGUGUUCUGCUGGGCCAGACCCCAGGAGCGAGACCUGGAAUGGUGCUUGCAGCAGACCGCUGGGGCUCCGGAGAGGUCAGGAGAGCCAGCAGUGCCUGGUUCGCGGCAGAUCUGGGGCAUUAUCUACUGGGGAACUCUAGCCCAGAUAUGGGCAAAAUCAACACCCCAGCGGGUGAGGCUGCUCCCAGGGCAGAGGCAGUCAUGUGGGAAACCUUGGCUCAGGAUCCUACUGCUCACAGCUGACCUGCUCUACCCACGACAGUUUAGUGCUGAGUGUCCAACCUCUCCAGCCUGAUGGCCAAAAUGCUGUACCCCGAAUGCCAGGGGGCUACACUCAUGGUGGGAGAGGCAGGUUAUUAAUCACAUUCAUUACAGCAGUGCCUAGGAACUAACCAAAAUCAGGGCCUGGCUGUGGUAGGUGCUGUAAAAACACAGAGUAGCAGACAAUCCCUGCCCUCAAGUGCUUACAAUCUAACCAGACAAGACAGCCUCCUUGCCAGCCCCCUCCUCACUCCUGACUUCUUCACAAACCAAACUGAGACACUAGAAGCAGGGCCUUGUGUGGCCCCUGGCACCAUGGGGCCAAAUGCAGGGGCAAGAACUCCUCUGGUCUGUGGCAGUGUUCAUCUAGUGUAUCCACAGUUCAGCUCAAGCCUUAGACAAUCGCAAGAUUGGCUUUAAAGUCAUGAGAUUUUUACAAACUUAAAUAAAUAUUUGGUUCUUUUCA